AAUGGCUGGUUGGCCAUUUUAUGAAUUCUUCGACAAGAAGAGGAGUAAGGGUUUUUCAUGAUGCUGCAAAACAGGAGCACACACCCAACCAGUGAGGUCACUAAUGAAGUAUAAAAAGAGAAGCAAAGCUUCAGACUUUUCAUUCAGAGUCCAGAAGAACACACCUGAGCAUCACAAUGAAGCUGCUUUUUUCUUUGACUCUCAUCUGGACGCUCGCCUGCACAGCCAAAGCCCUGCAAUGUCAGAUCUGCUCAGAUCAGCCGUGUUCAUCCACAGUACUGCAGACAUGUGCAUCGGACACGAUAUGUAUUACUGCUACUGUUCAAGCCACUUCAGCUGAAGGGACAGGAACACAAUACUACAAGGCUUGUGCACAAUCCUCUCUGUGUCCAUCUGUAGGCAGUACAAACUUUUCAGUUGAAGUUGCCGGUGGAGGUGCACUUGCAUCUGCUGAAUGCUGCAAGACUGACGACUGUAACUCGAACACGCUAGCUCCUCCCGCUGCUCAAACCACUAAUGGCAUCCAGUGCAUAUCUUGCAGCAGCACUGGGACUUGUUCUCCAUUGUCUUGUAAAGGACCAGAGACUAACUGUUUUUCUGCAACUAUUACCAGUGGAUCUAGCACAGUUCCAGUGCUCGGCUGCAUCUCUCCAAAUACAUGUGCAGCUGCUGCAAGUUUGGGAAGCAUUCCCUUUAUGCCAAAAGUUGGGACCAUCACAAGUGGACCAAGCUGCUGUGGAAGCAGUUUGUGUAAUAGUCCAACAACAACAACCACAGCACCACCAACUACAACACUACUAACUACAUCAACCCCAACUACAACUUUAGCCACUACAUCAGCUAGACCAACAACAGCAGCUAAAACACUUAGCCCAUACCCAGGAGCCACAAAUGGCACACACACCACUCAAUCUUCUUCUUCAACCACGACACAAACAGCUACAACUCCACCAAAACAACAAACAACUACGAGUGGGCGUGUCCGGAGACGAACCCUCAACCUCAUCUUCGACUGGCAGAACUCUGGAGCCUACCCCAUCUGGAACUCCAACCCCGCUCGUCUCUCAGUCUCUCCCUGGCCAGAACCACCUCCGGUAACCCACCUAAACUCCCCUGGAUCUACAAAAUCAGCUCCCUCCACGUCUUUCCCUCUGGAUUUCAGCAUCAGGAUAACCCCACUGUUAAGUCCUCCACACCACUCGGAUUCCCUAUUCUUCCCCCCUCGAGUUGGCUCUAACUCCUGUCUGUCUGCAGAUCUCCGGCACCGGAUUCCCAUUGAAGAUAUCAACUACGUUUUCUGCCGCUCCCUUGUGGGGAUGUUAACCUCCACCACUCAGGCCAAUUUGAUUCGUAUCUUGAUACGCUACCAUACUACCAGAGAUAUGAUACAAUAA